CUUGACCACUAACUAAUCCAAUUCAAUUCCUCCUCUCCAAUGGCAGUUGGAAUGACCGAUAAAGAUAUUGAGACCAUCAAGAGGCGGAUGGGCUCUGUUUCGGGGCAUCUCAUUCCGGCCGAACAUGCCAACAUCGCCUUGUCAAACUGCAGCUCCAGAAUGGACGAUACCUACCACCGCGUGCACGGUGAGGUUCCGACUUACAUUCCUGACUGGAAAAUGGUGUUUGAUGAUCCCGCCAACCCCUUCACCGAUAUCAUCUAUGAAAAGGCUGAAGGGAUUGCUAAGAUAACUAUAAAUAGGCCGGAGAGGAGAAAUGCAUUCCGGCCUCAAACGGUGAAGGAGCUUAUGCGUGCGUUCAAUGAUGCUAGAGAUGAUAACUCUAUCGGAGUUAUUAUUUUCACAGGAAAGGGAACGAAGGCAUUUUGCAGUGGCGGUGACCAAUCAUUCAGGGGAAAGGAAGGCUACGCUGAUUAUGAUAGUUUCGGACGACUAAAUGUUCUUGAUUUGCAGGUCCAAAUCCGUCGUCUCCCAAAACCAGUGAUAGCUAUGGUUGCCGGAUAUGCAGUUGGAGGUGGACAUGUACUUCACAUGGUCUGUGAUCUAACAAUUGCAGCAGAUAAUGCAGUUUUUGGCCAAACAGGGCCCAAGGUUGGAAGCGUCGACGCUGGUUAUGGAGCUUCUGUAAUGGAUCGUUUGGUUGGUCCGAAACGAGCUCGCGAGAUGUGGUUUAUGGCAAAGUUUUAUAAUGCUGUUGAAGCAGAUAAAAUGGGGCUAGUCAACACCGUUGUCCCUCUGGAGAAGUUGGAGGAGGAGACGAUUAAAUGGUGUCGUGAGAUCCUAAGGAACAGUCCUAUGGCGAUCCGUGUUGCCAAAUCUGCCCUCAAUGCCGUUGAUGAUGGCCAUUCUGGACUUCAGCAAAUGGGAGGAGAUGCGACCCUUCUGUUCUAUGGAACGGAGGAAGGCACGGAGGGGAAGAACGCCUACUUGCAGCGCAGGAAACCUGAUUUCUCGAGAUUUCCCCGUCUGCCUUGAGUUUGCUUGCCGCCUCUUGAGCGUAUUAUGUUGAUCAAUGAUCACUAUGAACUAAAUAAUGUGUGUUUCGAAUAAUAAUUUUGCAAGUGUGAGGGGCAAAUAUGUGUUUGUUUUGGUGUUUGGAUUAGUGGAAUAAGUAGUUUCUCCCUUCUUAUUUUCUCUCUAGGGGAGAGACGUUGUAUCUGCUUGUCCUCAUGUUACAUGGAUUUCAAAGAAAUUUUUCAGUUGAAAAAUUAUGUACUAGUUCAAUAUUUAUGAGAAUCUUAAAUAUAAUUUUGUCUUAUUAUGUGAUA